GAAGAGGUUUAUAUAAUUGAUUAAAAUAAGUUAUGUCAAACGAGCAAGAAGAACUUGAGAGCACAUUAGAGGCCCUUUCAGUAAUCCUUGGUGAUGAGGAAACCUUUGACCACGUAUGAAAGGAAGUGUUCAAAACUAUUGAUGUUGACCAAAGUGGAUCGUUGGAUAAAGCAGAAAUUAAAUCUUUUAUUGGAAAUAUAUGCCAAGAAAUGGGUAUGAAAAAUAAUCCAGACGAGCAGGUCAUCAAAGAAGUCUUUGCUGAGCUCGAUGAAGAUGGCUCAGAUGACGUAUCCCAUGAUGAACUCAAAGAAUUCCUUAGAAAAUUAUUUGAAGCACAGAAAGAAGAAGUAGAAAAAGCCCUCAAGCCUCAGGAUAAAGCCUAAUAAGCAAAAUGAGUAGGCUUUUAGAGUUUUAAAUCGCUUAUUAUAAAAUUUCAUAGCGAAUAACAUUCUAACCCAAAUAUCAAAUUUCUUCCAGAACCAAUUUUUGUGACAUAAGACUUGACUAUCACUAAAUAAAGAAUAUCCCAGAUUCAACCAAAAAUUCAAUUCUCCCCUAAACCCGCUCUAUUCUCUUCCCACCUCCUUACCCCUCUUACUCCACACCCAACCCUACUCCUCCACAUAUCUCCUCACUCUACCUCUUGAAGUCUCCUGCUCUUCCAGUUUCUGUAAACACUUUGCCAUAAUAUCUUACAUUGCUAAAUUUGUCUUUCAGUAAUAGUAUUUGUCAAGGGGUUUUGGGGUUUUG